UGUUGCGGUAAAACUGCUGGUGUGAAACUGCUGGGGUAAAACUGUGGCUCUGCAGACAGAUAUUAUUGCUUUUGGCCACGCGCACAGACAUACAGCAGAGCCAAUGAGCGUCGAGAAAUAGUCUGACGUAACUCUGUUUUGAAAGUCGGCUAUAUGGCUACAGUGUCUGUAGAGAAGUCGAUGUUGCUCCGCAAAAUACAUAACACGCGUUUCGUUGUAGGAAAUACAGUAUACUCGAGCAGCAGCACAGAGAUCAGUGGUUAAACAUCAAAGCCAUGCACCAGCUGACAGUAAGAGGCCUGAUGUGGAUAUGGCUGCUGCUUCUGUGGUGUACAUCAUGUAACUGUGGACCAGAUCCCAGGAUGCGUGAGGCUCUAAUGAGGCAGGAGGCAUCUAGACGGACAGGAGGAGCCAUAGAACUCAACGAGAGAGAGAAACUCCUCGAUGCAAAGCUUCAAAAACUAAAGCAGCAUGAAAUGGAAUCAGGACAGUUCCCCCCGUCCAUGCAUUUCUUCAAGGCGAAGCCCCUGAUUGAGAAAAGCCCUGUCUUUAGUUUGAUUCAUAAGAUGCCUAAAGGUGCGGUCCUGCAUGUUCAUGACUUUGCUAUGGUGGGGGUGGAAUGGCUGGUAAAAAACGUGACCUACAGAGAAAACUGCUACGUGUGCUUCACGGAUGACCAUUCGAUGCGGUUUACUUUCUCUUCUGGACAGCCUGUGUCUCGUCCACACUGCUCCUCAUGGACCCUGCUCAGAUCCCUUAGGGAGAAGAUCAAAAACAGCACUAAUUUGGACAACAGUUUCAUUCAAAAUCUCACACUCUUCACCAAGGACCCAGACAGAGCGUAUCCUAGUCAAAAUGUUGUGUGGAAGAGAUUUGAACAGGCGUUUUUGGUGGCCUAUGGACUGGUCACGCAUGCGCCUGUAUUCAAAGACUACCUGUAUGAAGGUCUCAGACAGUUUUAUGAGGACAACAUUAUGUAUGUGGAAAUCAGGGCACUGCUGCCAUCGACAUAUGAACUUGAUGGCAGACAAAAUGAUAAGGACUGGAAUAUGCGAGCCUGCCAAGAGGUUGUGAAAAGAUUUACGACACAUUAUCCAGACUUCUUAGGUGCUCGUGUGAUAUUUACUGUGCACAGGGGCAUAAAUGCAACUGCGGCUAUGAAGGCAGUAGAGGAGGCCAUGGAAUUACAGAGGAACUUUCCAGAUAUCAUGGCAGGCUUUGACUUUGUAGGACAAGAAGACAUUGGAAGGCCUUUGUGGUACUUCCGGGACGCUUUGAGUCUACCAAAAGAGCGGGGUGUAAACCUGUCCUACUUUUUCCAUGCAGGAGAGACAGAUUCACAGGGAACUGAUGUUGAUCAGAACAUGAUGGAUGCUCUUCUAUUCAACACCACACGCAUUGGGCAUGGCUUCGCUUUGGCACGUCACCCUAUAGUUAAAGAGAUAUCUAGAAAGAUGGAUGUACCAAUUGAAGUUUGCCCCAUCUCCAAUCAGGUGUUAAAACUGGUUUCAGAUUUCCGGAAUCACCCUGCUGCAGUGCUGAUGGCUGAGGGUCAUCCUCUGGUGAUCAGUUCUGAUGAUCCAGCUCUCUUUGGGGCCACUGGUCUGUCUCACGAUUUCUAUGAAGCAUUCAUGGGCUUUGGAGGGAUGAGCUUUAAUCUUGGCACACUGAAAGAGCUGGUCAUAAAUUCUCUCAGGUACAGCUCCUUGCCAAGUCAAACAAAGAAAAUGGCUAUUGAGACUUUGCUGGUAAAAUGGGACAAGUUUGUCUUGGAGAGUUUAUUGUGGACUACUACAGACUACUAAACAAGGACAAUUUUAAACACUGGACUAUGUGCGUUGUUUACAGGAUAUUGUUCUCCUGUCUCUUGUUUGACAUUGGUGAAUAUACAGGGGGGGUAAGUACUGUAAUUUAUGCUGCAUUACUGAUUGUGAGGAACUGACUGUAAUAUUUUGACCUGGUCUGUGCUGCCAUCUGGUGGAGAACGUGUAGAGAAUUUUUGUUCCAUUCACAACAUCUCUUUUGUAUGUGCUUUAAUAAUUGCAAUCAGAUUUUUUGACAGCAAAGUACAUAAAGGUUUAUACAGAGUAGAUCACUUCUUAUUUUCUAUUUCAAGACACCUGAUUUUCAACUAAUAUUUUUACUUUAUUGGUCAUGGCAGGAUGACUUAAUUUACCCAAGUUCAAUUGUUUUUUUAAUUUGGAAUUCUUGUUUUCAACAUGAAUGUUUUAAUACAAAAUAAAAAAAUGAUGGUGUCACAUAACUCGAUAUAGUAAUAAUAACCAUAUUUACUGUGACCUAUUUUAAUUACAUAGAAGUGAAGUCCACCUUUUAUUCAAUGAAAGGCAAGAUGUUGACUGUAA